AAACGCAGGAAACUGAAAAUUGCUGAACCUACUUCAGAUCCUGAGAGUUGGAGCCGCUGGCUGGACACUGUCCAGUCAGUCUGGAUCAGGGCUGACAAAGUGAUCAAAUCACCCAUAGUGUGGAUCCGAUACAGACUGAAAUAAAUGGUACACAAAUCCACAUGAUAUAGUGAAACUCUCACCGUUUCGAUAAAACAAACGUUCCCCAGAAGUAUAAACACUAGAGGAAAAAGUGACAUAACAUUUUUCCAAAGUGGACUGAACUACCCCCUCCAAAAAAGUUAUAUCAUUGCAUUUGUAAUCCAGAUGAAAACACGAUUUCCUUGCCACUGCACGUUAAAGAUGGCAUAAAGUGACACCUCAGAAAAGUGCACCUUGAUAGAUACGAGAUGUGUUCAAUCUGUGUGGAAUAUUAUUAAAAAAUGCCGCAAUUUGCUCAAAAGGUUUGACAUGACCCGCCCACGCUUCUAAUUGUUCACUUUGCCGCUUGUGGUAAUCUGAUCAAAAUCAAGCCCGGCAGAAAAAUUGAAGUUCAACAACAAUUAAAAAUACCCAGGAACGCCGUCUUUAUCUGCCUCAGAGAAGAGAAAGGGGGCGUAAGGAAAAAAGGGGGAAAAGAUGAGAGGAGGCAGGAGCCGGGGUUCUGCAGCGGUGACUAUAACCCCUGAGUUCCCUCUGUGUGUGUGUGUGUGUGUGUGACUGAGUGUUUGGAGUUGCGUCUUCUCUGUAUUCUUUGAAGUGGCCAGUUGAGGCGAGAAUCCAGGCCGGAUAUUGAGAGGAGCCGAAGGAAAAAUAAAGAGAAAAUAUCGCUUCAAUAUCCCCCAAGAUGGCCGCCAAUGUGGGAUCGAUGUUUCAAUAUUGGAAGAAAUUUGAUCUACGGCGCCUCCAGAAGGAGCUGAAUUCAGUUGCAUCAGAUCUAGCAGCCCAUCAGGAGGAGAGUGAGCAAUCUCACAAGCAUCUAAUAGAACUGAGCCGAGAAUUCAAAAGAAAUGUACCUGAGGAGAUUAGAGAAAUGGUGGCCCCUCUCCUAAAGAGCUUUCAGGCUGAGGUGGUAGCACUUAGUAAAAGAAGCAAGGAGGCCGAGGCUGCCUUUCUUAAUGUUUACAAGCAAUUAAUAGAAGCACCAGACCCUGCCCCUUCUCUUGAAGCAGCUCGUAACCUGGAGGAGAAACUGCUCCAGCUCCAGUGCAAUGAACCAGAAAGUCGAAGAGGGAAGGAGAUCCUGAGACACUGUAAGAAACAAUCUGAAUUGUUCAACUGUGAAGCCACAAAACAAUCAGCAGAAACCUCUCCAGCUGGCAUUGAGGCGUCUGAAGAAUUACAAAAGACCAGCACAGACAGCACAGCACUUAAAAGCGAUAACCUGUCACAGAAAAAUGAGACAGAAAAAGAAAGGAGACUACAGGAAGCACAGAUCACCUUGGCUGCCAGACUUGGGGAAGCAGAAGAAAAAAUUAUGGUCCUUCACUCAGCUUUGAAGACAACACAAACAGAGCUCCUGGAUCUGAGGUGCAAAUAUGAUGAAGAAGCAGCAUCUAAGACAGAUGAAUUGGGAAUGAUCAUGACCAACUUAGAAAAAGCUAACCAGAGGGCUGAAGCUGCUCAGAGAGAAGUAGAGAGUCUUCGAGAACAGUCUGUAAACAGCUCCAUCCAUUUGGCCUGCCGUUCUCCACGGAUUGUUGGUGUGGAUCAAACAGAGAUUUUGAUGUGUCCUGGCUCAAGACUGGAGGCAGCCCUGGUUGCUAAAGACAGAGAGAUUAUCCGAUUAUUGAAAGAAAUUCAACACCUCCAGACUGCCCUGCAUGAACUCCAGGAGAGUUCAGCAAAUCAGAUUGCGCAGUUGGAGCGGCAACUAGCACAAAAGACUGAAGCUGUGGAGAAAUUAGAAAAGAAGUUAAAUGCACAAGUAGACCAUAUGGAACAGAAAACAGAAUUAAGCAUUUUCAAAUCAGCGAACCCAGCGUCUGCAAAUGGCUGUGCGCCCCAGGAUAGUACUAAAGACACUGAAGAUUCUCUAGCGGAAAAAGAGAUGACCCCUCAACCCGAGAAGAAGUGUUUACAAGAGAAGCUAAACACAAAUGCAGAGAUGGAUGAGGAGCAACCUGAAGAGAACUCCAUGAAAGACACUCUGAGUGUUGUGAAAGACAUCUCAAGCGGAGAGCAUCCUUCACCUUCUCCUCUGCCAUUGCCCCAUUGGUUAGGAGAUGAGCAAGCCUCUCCGAAGUCUAUACCAGCGCAUGGGUCAACCCGAGGAUCAGAAAUAUCUGGAGCAUUUCCUGUCUCUUCAUUCCCUUUGAUAAAAACAAACGAGAAGCCCUCUUUAGAGCCACUGCACCAUAAACCCCUGAUGUCUCCCCUUUAUACAAAGGAAGCUGGGAGUACAGUUGUCUACCCAACUGCACUCUAUUCUGCCAAAGGAGCUUUAAUUGUUGGGAACAGUUCCAGUAACCCUGAGGCAGUCCCACCGAGUGACCAGUCAGAAAGCAGCAGUUCGAGUGCUGCUGAUGAGGAUCAUCUGGAGACAGCUGAGAUCGCCUUUCAGGUUAAAGAGCAACUGCUAAAGCACAACAUCGGACAACGUGUGUUUGGACACUACGUCCUGGGAUUAUCACAAGGAUCUGUUAGUGAGAUCCUUGCCAGACCCAAACCGUGGCAUAAGCUUACUGUUAAAGGGAAGGAGCCUUUUAUUAAAAUGAAGCAGUUUCUAUCUGACGAACAAAAUAUCCUUGCUCUUCGAACAAUUCAAGUGCGGCAAAGAGGGAGUAUAACUCCUAGGAUUCGGACUCCAGAGACUGGUUCAGAUGAGGCUAUUAAAAAUAUUCUGGAGCAGGCAAAGAAAGAGCUUCAGACUCAAAAAUGUGUCGAAUCAAAAAGCUCUCCCUUGCCUAUCUGCAGUACAAGCUCCAGCAGUAGCGCUGGUUCUGAUGAAGCAAUUCGCUCUAUCUUGGAGCAGGCCCGAAGAGAGAUGCAAGCCCAACAGCAAGUCCUAUUGGAAAUGGAGGCUAACAGCAGCAACAACACAAUGACAACUCCACACAUAGAAACUUUACCAGCCACAAACAAAAUCUCUCUUUCCUCAUACAUCAAGCAAGAGGAAGGCAUGGCAACAAGAAGUUCGCAGACUCCUCUCAGUGUUGUCUCACCUGCGGCCUUUGUACAGAAUAUAAUACGAAAGGUGAAAUCUGAAAUUGGUGAUGCUGGAUCAUACUUUGACCAGCACUGGGCCACAGAGAGAAAUAUGGCUAAUAGAUUGUAUGCUUCAGUGUCACCAUCGCCAUCAUCCUCUUCGUGUGGUUCUUCAGGGACAGGGAAUGUAAAGCAGUGGCGAGCUGAACCUAGUGACAACAGCAAAAAUGGGGAGGAGCAUUCAUUUGGUGUUGAAGGUACUCACAAACUUACAGAUAUAAAAUCUGAGAGCAGUCCGGACUCGCCAAGUAUUAACCAGCUUUCCAUAUUCCCUACAUAUGUCCCACGUUCACUGAAACCAACUGUUCCUCCAUUGACUCCAGAACAGUAUGAGAUGUACAUGUAUCGGGAAGUGGACACAAUAGAAUUGACUAGACAAGUUAAAGAAAAACUGGCAAAAAAUGGAAUCUGUCAGAGGAUCUUUGGUGAGAAGGUGCUGGGUCUAUCCCAGGGGAGUGUGAGUGAUAUGCUUUCUCGACCCAAGCCAUGGAGUAAGCUAACUCAGAAAGGUCGUGAGCCUUUUAUCCGUAUGCAACUGUGGCUCAUUGAUAAGUUAGGCCAGAGUACUCAUCCGCCCCAACCUAUACAAGCAAAUAAUGCAGUUCAGCCCAGGUAUUCACCGUCCCCUCCACCCAGCCCCAUGGACUGUGAGAAGAACCAGCAGGAACCGGUUUGUGCAGCUCUGGAAAGCACGAAAGAGAACCAGCAACCCGAAAGCCAAUCAUCUUCUCACUCACUGAGCAGUAAGAGCCUGUCCAAUGGCCAGUCACCCACAGGCAUACAAGAAGUGGUAGCUACGUCCUCUGAGUUGGACACUUAUGCCAUCACCAAGAAGGUUAAGGAAGUAUUGACAGACAACAAUUUAGGUCAAAGACUCUUUGGAGAGAGCAUUUUAGGACUGACCCAAGGCUCUGUCUCAGAUUUACUGUCUCGGCCUAAACCUUGGCACAAGCUGAGCCUGAAGGGGAGGGAACCAUUUGUCCGUAUGCAGCUGUGGUUAAGUGAUCCAUUCAAUGUGGAGAAGUUGAGAGACAUGAAGAAAAUAGAGAAAAAAGCAUAUUUGAAGCGCAGAUAUGGAUUAAUAAAUGGUGGAUCUGAUAGUGAUUCUCCGAGCACACAGUCAGAAUCGGCUAGUCCUGGCAUUCAGCAUCAAGUAUUCCACCAUUACCAGGUCAAAAAGCCCAGGGUUGUGCUUGCUCCUGAGGAGAAAGAGGCCCUGAAGAAAGCCUAUCAAUUAGAGCCAUACCCUUCGCAGCAGACCAUCGAGGCUCUGGCCUCUCAACUCAAUCGCAAGACAAACACAGUGAUCAAUUGGUUCCAUAACUACAGGUCACGUGUUCGAAGGGAAACACUUGUUGAAGAUCUCCAGGGGAAUGACACAGACCAGGAACCAACCAGUUAUCGAGGGUUUGCAACCCACAAUCAUUCUCUUAGUGUUGGUCCACCACAGAGUUCUGACUCUGAGCCAGAAGAUAAGAAAACCACGUUUACUGAAAUGAAGGACAAACGGCCAUCUCCUGUGGUGGCAGAUGAGGCAGCCAGCAGGGAGAUUAAACAGGAAUUCUGCGAUCGUUGUGAAGAAGAGGAUUAUUCCCAUUGUGAUACCUGUUGCAUCCAAAAUGACACAAGUGCAGCUUCAUUUGUAUGCUUCCCUGGCACUGUAAAACAGGAGAGAGUAGGGACAGGUUGCAACCAUGAGACACAUUCAUUAAAGACUACUACAGUGCUGCACAUCCAGAAUCCUCAGUGCUUGAUCAUUGGUUCCUCUAAUUAUGAGAAAAUUCAUGUGAACUCCUUGGACAUCAUGUCUCCAGACAUCUCGCCAAAGCCUAAUGCCAGCGCUUCUGCGCCAAAAGAUACAGAAACCAAUGGUCUAAUCCCUAAUAGUUUCAAAGCAAUCUCUGAACCUCCAUGUGGUAAUCUGGAGGUGACUCUGAAUUCUUCUUCUGCAGCAUCUUCUCCAGGCUUAAUGCCAGUUUCUCCAGCCCCCACCUCUUCUGCUCCUAUCUCUCCAUCAGUGCCUACCAUUUCAAAGGGGCAGUGCUUGAUCCCUGGCACUGAUGUUGUCGCUUUACAGUCAAGCACAAAGCUGAAUAAAAGUAUCCAGAGGCGGCAUGCAAAGAUGGCGAAUCUAAACAACAUAAUUCAUCGACUUGAAAGGGCAGCAAAUCGGGAAGAACCUACAGACUGGGAGUUCUAAUGAAAUGUUUUAUUAUGAUCAGUGACUUUAUUAAUUGUAAAACAAUAGGAUGCAACUCUUCAAGAGUAGGAACAAUUUUAAAUGUUUAAUUUAAAUUGAGACUUGGCAAAGCCAAAACUGCAGUAAUUUUUGCAGGAGAAUUGAAUUUUAUGAUUUUAUUCUUCAAUUAAUCUUCCAGAAUCGCAUUUAGCAUCUGAGGGAAAAAAAGUAUUGACCACUAUUUUAAACAAAAAAUUCAAACAACUUUUAGAAAAAAUAUUUAUUUGUACAAGUCUUAUAUUAAGGACUGGUUGAAAACUCUGCUGUAGCAAUUUUCCUAUUUGCUGUUAGCUACAGAAUGAAAAUAACAAACAUUGAUUUUUGUGCCACUAAAUGCACACUUGAAGUCCUGUAGUUUGCCACAGGAAGAGAUUAAAGACGAUAGUAUAAAGCCAUUAAACAGCACUAUGAUCCAGAAGGCUGACCAAAUUUGCUAGCUUAUGGAUAGAAAUUGUUUUCUUAAUUUUGUCUGCAAGACAACUAAUUCAUAUUAACAGAAGCGGACUCUGAUAUAGUCAAGAAGACUCUAAAAAUAGGAACCUCAACACCAUGAACUAUGUACUUAGCUAUUGGUCAUGUGUUUUCAAACAUUUGUAUCACAGGGUGUUAUGUGCAAUUGUAUAUGUUGUAGAAAUUUCUGCAAUAGCCUUCCUUGAACAAGAUGUAGCAUGGUACGUGAUUAACUCAUCACCCCUAUUAGUCAUUCACCCGUGGUGUUCUGAAGAAUGCCAAAAGCCUAAUGAACAGAACUUUGCCUGACAAAAACAAAUAAUUUUAGAGUUUACAUUUUCUUUUUCUAACCAACUAUGAAUCAAAUUGGAAAUGUAAAAGAAGCAGCUGAUUAAAAUCUGUGGUUUUGAAGGAGAAAUUCUACUUCCUGAAUUACAAUGAUCUGAUGUUCAGCAAUAGCACAUUGUGCUGUGUGUGAGCAUCCUCCAUUACUGUAACACAGCUGGCCUUUUCAAAUCAGUCUUGAUUUUUGUCCACAUUUUGAAGUUUUCUUUUUCCGCUUUUUAAGAUGGAGUCGAUGUGAUGGCAUUGGUGUAUGAUCUCAUUUCAGGAGGUUGAUGUGGCUUUUGGCUCUUCAGGAUUUCCUCUAGCACUUGAUUUUGUCUUGUACCAAAUCUAAAUCCUGUUUUGCUCAAAGCUACAGUAAUGCACUUGAUCAUAUUCAGCUGAUAUUUUUUAUCCCUAUGUUCAUCUAACCUUAUCUUUUGUAUCUGUUAAUAAGAAAACAUGAAGGCUGAUAUUUGUCCAGCCUUUGUAGUCUUUCCCUGCACUCGGUCACUAAAUACAGUAUAUUUCUGUUUGCAGUGUGAGAGGAUGGACCUGCACAUUGAUUUAUUCUCAAAUAUGUUUUUUUAUGUCUCUGUAUUUGGAUUAGUUGUUUAAAAUAUUACAGAUCUGCAACAGUCCAAAUAGUAGGACAACUAAAGAGAUAUUCAAAAGAAGACAAACUGUAUUCCAAUGACAUUAUUGCUUCCAUAACACUGUUCAUUCUUGUUGAAUUUAAGCUGUUAUCACUGAUGUUUUAUGGUUCUUCUUUUAAAAGCAGCUGAUAUUUUCUCCCCUGAAGAAGUAUAGACAAGAAUGAAUAAGGAACAGCUAAACAAGUCAGUCCACUUAAAAUUGACAAAGUUUUUUUAAAAAGCAAUCAAAUAAUUGACUUCAUCAUUUAAAUUUAGUACCUUUUAAAGGAUAGUUUAUCUGAUUAAUAAACUAGUGGAUACUGCUUUAUUUGAUGUGAUUGUAAAGUGUACACUUUGUUUCAUGCAUUAUGCAUGCAAGUGUACACUGCAGAUCAAUCAUUAAAUGGCAACUGUAUUAAACCAAUUGUCAUAAAAAUUCUGUGCAACUGUUACUGAAUUAAAGAUGUGCAGUUUUUAAUGUGACAGUUGAGUCAAUACAGUCAACAUUUAACAAUCAAUCUAUUGGACACAUUCAACCAGGAAGACGGUCUGAACAGAAUACUGUUUCAGGCAAGAAAAUAUGAACAUCCAGGCAAAUUUCACUCAUCAAAUCCAUACUUUGAAGUUGCUUAAUGCUGGAAAUCAAUUUCUCUUUACACAUCUUCUAUUUGGAAAUGUGUCUAUAUACUGUUCAGCUGGA